AUGUUGACCAAAGUUCUCCUCAUACUCCUGGGCAUGUCUAUAAUCCUCCUGUCUAGGAUUGAAGGACCUCAUGUUGAAUCUGAAAAGGGACCUUCUGUCCAUCAUGAUGAUGUUUCUGGCCCCAAACCCCAGGGUCCCGAAAAGAAGCUCCCCCCUGAAGAAAUAAAGCCCACCACUGUUGAUGCCCAUCACAGACUUGGAAAACUGCCAGCAGCCACUCAAAUCCUGGACAGUAUCCUGAAUAAGUAUGAUUACAAACUGCACCCUAGUAUUGGCAAGAAGCCCACUGUGGUCACUGUUGAGUUCUCUGUCAACAACCUUGGUCCUAUCUCUAUCCUGGACAAGGAAUACUCCAUUGAUAUCACCUUCUGCCAGACUUGGUAUGAUGAACGCUUCCGUCACAAUGGCAGCUUUGACAGCUUUAUUCUGAAUGGCAACAUGGUGAGCCAGUUAUGGAUCCCAGACACCUUUUUUAGGUAUUCCAAAAGGACUCAAGUGUAUGCAGUCACCAUGCCCAACCAGAUGAUCCGCAUCCACAAGGAUGGCAAGGUGUUGUACACAGUUAGGAUGACCAUUGAUGCUGGAUGUUCACUACAUAUGCUCAAAUUUCCAAUGGAUUCCCACUCUUGCCCUCUGUCUUUUCCUAGCUUUUCUUAUCCUGAGAAUGAGAUGAUAUACAAGUGGAAAGAUUUCAAGAUUGAAAUCAGUAAGAGUAAUUCCUGGAAGCUCUUCCAGUUUGAUUUUACAGGAGUAAGCAAUGAGACUGGAACUAUCUCUACCAUAGCUGGUGAUUUCAUGGUCAUAACUCUUUUCUUCAAUGUGAGCAGGGAAUUUCGCUUUAAUAUCUUUCAAAACUAUGUCCCUUCUUCUGUGACCACGAUCAUCUCCUGGAUUUCCUUUUGGAUCAAGAAAGACUCUACUCCAGCCAUGACCCCUUUAGGAAUCACCUCUGUACUCACCAUGUCCAUAUUGGGCUCCUAUUCCCAGAAGAAUUUCCCACGUGUCUCCUAUAUUACAGCCUUGGAUUUCUACAUUGCCAUUUGCUUCAUCUUCUGCUUCUGUGCUCUAAUAGAGUUUGCUACGCUCAACUUCCUGACCUACCACCACAUGAAAACCCAUGGUUCUCCGAGACUUCGCCAUCCUUGUACCUGUGCCCAUGUCCUUACUGCUUCCCGUGUCUGUGCCUAUAAGCAGCAGCAGGAUGCUUUUGUGUGUGAGAUCGAGGAUACUGAGGAAGAAAGUGAGGAAGAGGAAGGCCCAUCUUGCUCAGCUCAGCAGUCCCUCCACCCAAGUCUCACCCAGAGCCCUGUUGGCUGCUGCAGGUUCUGCAAGUACCUGUGUAUGGUCCCCAAUUGUGAGGGCAGUACCUGGCAGAAGGGCCACCUUUUCAUCCACAUCUACCGCUUGGAUAACUAUUCACAAGUUAUUUUCCCAGUGACCUUCUUCUUCAAUGUGCUCUACUGGCUUGUUUGCCUUAACUUGUAG